AUGAGGAGUAAAAUGAAUAGGAAUUACUCAGAUUUGACAGAGUUUAUUCUGCUGGGGUUCAGGACAUCUUCAGAAGUACAGGUUUUCUUAUUCUUGCUUUUCUUGCUUAUCUAUAUGGUCAUUUUAUUGGGAAAUAUCAGCAUGUUAAUUGUCAUUAAGACAGACUCUAGACUUCAAACACCUAUGUAUUUCUUUCUCCAAAAUUUGUCCUACUUAGAUCUUUGCUACUCUACAGUCAUUGCACCCAAAACUCUGGCUACUUUCUUGUCCAAGAAGAAGAAAAUUUCUUACAAUGGAUGUGCAAUACAGUUCUUUUUCUUCGCUCUUUUUGUUGGGACUGAAGGCUUUCUACUGGCCGUGAUGGCAUAUGAUCGCUUCUCGGCCAUCUGCUCCCCUCUCCUCUACACGGUGCGUAUGUCUCAGCAGGCUUGUUUUCGCUUGGUGAUUGGCUCCUACGUCUGUGGAUGCAUCAAUUCCAUGAUCCAAACAGGCUUCACCUUCAGUUUGCAUUUUUGUGGGGAAAACAGAUUGGAUCAUUUUUUCUGUGAUGUCCCAGCCCUGAUCAAAAUUGCAUGUGUGGAUACCUUUGUGAAUGAGAUUGUGCUUUUUAUUCUCUCUUCCCUCAUUAUCGUCACCACCACAACUGUCAUUCUAGUUUCUUAUGCAUACAUUCUCUCCACCGUCCUGAAGAUUCCCUCGACCCAUGGCAGGAGUAAGACCUUCUCCACUUGCAGCUCUCACAUCAUAGUGGUGAGUUUAUUCUACGGAACUGUGUUCUUCAUGUAUGCCCAACCUGGGGCUAUCUCCUCACCAGAGCAAAGCAAGGUUGUAGCUGUGUUCUACACUCUUAUUAUUCCUAUGUUGAAUCCUCUGAUUUAUAGUCUAAGAAAUAGGGAGGUGAAAAAUGCUUUGAAAAGGCUAUUGUUGAGAAAAAUACCUUUUCAUUGA